AUGGAGAAAAAGGAUCAACCAUUAAAAUCUCGACGUCGGUCUCCCUAUCAUGUGAUUCAACUAAGCAAAUUUAAAUUCUGUGUAAUUAUAUUUGUCUAUCACAUCUUAUACGACUUUAUACCAAAUUUAUUAGCCAUGGCACAAAUUCCACAAAUUCAAACUUUCGGCGGUUGUGUCAUUGUUCUCAUUAUUGUACUUACUUUUAUGAUACUCUAUUUUUUCGGUAUUAUUUAUUCAACUGCUGAUAGCUCAAAAGUAAUUGUGCUUCCGUAUGUACUUUAUCGAACAGUAGGACCUAUUGCUGGUCUGAUAUGUGCAAUGGUUAUUUACAAUACCGAUGCUAAUACACCGUCUUUGUGUUCAGAUUCAUCAAUUCCAUUUAUGGGUUUUACAUCGAGUCAAGUGUCGACGUUAUGUGUUAUUAGAAAGACAGCAUUUUUUCAAGGCGCUAUUAUUUAUUGGAUUAGUUCUCUUAACUUAUUAACACAUCUCCUUGCUGCUGUUCUUGUGCUUACAGUUUUUGUUAUGUCGUUUCGUCUUCAACGAGCAAGACGUGAAGAAAAUAUAAUGUCAUGUUUCAGAAGUACAAAGUAA